AUGAGCUGCGUGAUGAGCUUCUUCGACCCGUUGGGAUUACUCUCCGUGUUUACGUUCUACGGGAAGCUGCUGAUUCAGGAUCUCUGGCGAAGCGGAUGCGAAUGGGAUCAGCAGAUCGGCGAUGAAGAGGCAGAGAAGUGGUACCAGUGGAUCAGGAGGCUUCCGGAAGUCGAGGAAGUGCGAAUUCCUCGUUACUAUUUCUGCGGUGGACGUUCUUUGGACUACGCCAGUCUUCAGCUACACACAUUUGUGGACGCAAGCCAGGACGCGUACGGAGCAGCAACGUACAUCCGAAUUGAAACAGACGAGGGACCGAUAUGCUCGCUAUUCGUGGCGUUCCGGAUCGGAGAGAUACACAGCUUAACGAAAAUAGCGGAAUGGCGUUGGGUGCCGACUAAGUGCAAUGCGGCCGACGCGUUAACGAAGUGGGAGAAGGCGCACAGCAUGCAUUCCGAUGCUGCGUGGUUCCGCGGCCCUGGAUUCCUCUACCAGCCGGAGGAUUGUUGGCCGAAGCAGGACAGCAUCGCACCAAACGUUGCCGAGGAGGUUCGAGCGUGUGUCCAGUUCCACGAUAUCGCCAUCACCAUGUCGAUAGUAGAUCUGCAACGAUUUUCUAAGUGGAGGAUUGAAGCAGUUCCAACUACAGAAGCGGUGAAAAAGGCGGUUAAAAAAACUGUACGAUCGACGACGGUACCGUUGAAACGUGAAGAGUACCAGAAGGCGGAGGCGUACCUCUGGCGGUCAGCCCAGGCCGAUUGUUUUGGCGACGAAAUCAGGACGAUCAAAAAGAACCGGCAGCUACCGUUACAGCAGCAGCAGCAAUUAGAGAAGAGUAGCAGUUUGUACAACCUGAGUCCGUUCCUAGACACUGAGGACGUACUGCGAAUGGAAGGUAGAGCAGCGCAAGGUUCGUCGCUGCCGUUCGAGCUUCGAUUCCCAAUAAUUCUACCGAAACAGCAUCUGGUGACUGAUAAGCUACUAGAAUACUACCAUCACCGAGUAGCACAUGGAAACGUGGAGUCUGCCGUCAACGAAAUCCGGCAAAGAUUCAGCAUUCAGAACCUGCGAGCAGAGUUGAAGCGGAUCGGGAAGUCUUGCAUGUGGUGCAAGGUGAAGAAAUGCCGAGCGAGGACACCGAGAAUGGCUCCAUUGCCGGAGUCGCGCGUCACGCCGGGACUACCACCGUUCAGCCACACCGGCGUGGACUUCUGCGGCCCAGUCACAGUUACAGUCGGUCGAAGAUCGGAGAAGCGGUACAUCUGUUUGUUUACCUGCAUGACUACGAGAGCUGUCCACCUUGAAGUCGCUCACAGCCUGACGACUCAAGCGUGCUUGAUGGCCAUUCGAAGGUUCGUGUGCCGCCGAGGAAAACCGUUGGAAUUCUACUCCGACAACGGCACGAACUUUCAAGCUGCAAGCAAGGCGAUUGUGAAGCAAAUCGGAGAAAAAUGUGAGGACGAAUUCACGGAUUCCAGAACCCGCUGGAACUUCAACCCCCCCAGCGCACCUCACAUGGGCGGUGUCUGGGAGCGAUUGGUCCGCUCCCUGAAGGCAGCAUUAACCGUGCUAAACGACGGGAGAACAAUAACCGACGAAGUGUUGCUGACGACGAUUGCGGAGGCUGAAGACCUAAUUAAUUCCCGGCCGUUGACAUACGUCGGCCUGGAACCGGGAACAGAAGAAGCGUUGACCCCAAAUCAUUUUGUUCGUGGCGUCGGUACGAUCGGUGAGGAACAUCCUGUUCCACCUACGAGCGAAGCCGAAGCACUUCGAGACCGCUACAAGCGGUCACAGCGUUUGGCGGACAAACUAUGGGCUCGGUGGGUGUUCGAGUAUUUGCCGUCGAUAAAUCAUCGGGCUAAGUGGCAUACCGACGUGCCACCAAUAGCAAGCGGUGAUCUGGUGUACAUCGCGGACGACGCAGUGCGGAAGAGCUGGAUCCGCGGCAUCGUGCUAGAUGUCUACCCGGGGGCGGACGGCCGAAUUCGACAAGCGAUGGUGCAGACGGUUAAGGGUAAGUUUAGGAGGCCGGUGACGAAGCUAGCGGUGCUGGAGGUCCAGGAUGGUAACUCCGGCGUUGCAGAGGCCCCACCAGAGAUACGGGGAGGGAGUAUGUUGGCACCGCUACCACCCGGCAUCGAGAAACCCUGA